CUAGGAAAAGUUCAAUCAAAUCAGUGACCAGGCGUGGGCUUGUCCCUGAUUAUGUCUUAGGAACAGGGCAGUGGGUCUCACAAGAAUCAUGCUUCAAACACUGGAGUAGGGGUAGGGCACCUGUUUUAAGAGAGUUAUCUCUGGGUUGUCAAUGGAAAUUGAGGAAAACCUUGCGAAAGGAAUCCUUUGCGACAAGAAUCCCAGGUGUAGUUAGUGCCCGUCACUUGACCCGCAUGGUGGAUGGAAGAAAAUUGGUCGGUUCUAUUUUUUUGGAAUGAUGUCACCUUUUACGUUACAAGCUUAUUCUAAACAUUUUAAUAUAUUUUUUUCUCGUCUAUCUACACACAAUACCGCAUAAUGACAAAGCAAAAACCUAAAUACCUUAUUUACAUACUGUAAUUAUUCAGGCGCUUUAGCAGCGGUGUCUGCUCAGUUUGGCAGCUGCGCGAGAGGUAGAGGGAGAUGCCCGUGUGCUUCGCGGUUUACCGGAUAUUUUUCUGCUGUGUUGAAGAUCACUGCGACCCACACGCUGCAGCGCUGUCGUUCAAGCCACUGACUUGUUAUUCCCACUCGCCAUCACGAAAUGGACUCAUGCUAGCCACAAGUUCUGACUGAGCUCAAUCGUCAUGAAACGCAAAUACAGUGAUUACUUUUUGUCUCUUUCAUACAAACUUUGAGAAAUAACGAGGAGCGCCCACAGUUUGUUUUGUGUGGGGAAGUGCUUAGAAAUGAGUCUCUCAUAACGAACAAGUUAAUAAAACGACACGACUGUAAACCCAGUGAGUUAUUUCAGAACAGGGCAGAAUGCUUCAGGAAACAGUGCUUUGAAAGUGGAAAGUAAGUCAACUAGCAAGGCAUUGUUGUCAUUUUAUAACAGGUGAUGAUAUGCAGAAAUAAGGGAGUACUAUCUCAUAGUAGAAGAUGUGAGUUUCUCUUUCAAACAAUCCCCUGGCCUUGUAACUUUACACAGCUAAUAGCUAACGUUAGCCAAAGCAAGCUAACUAGCGACUGAUGGUGCAACCUAAAGAAACGGUACAGAUGAAGAUUUUUUUUAAAUCAGGAAUACUGUACAUUUUACUGUAGAAAUAAUUGUUGUAAACAAGUCUAGAUUGGAACUGUUGCUGUUAAAAUACAAGUAAUACUUUUUAUUCUGAACUGGAAUAAACUGAUUGAAGCAAUAUGCUUUUUGAGGCAAAUACUCACACAUUUCUGGGUUGCUCAUCUGCAGCAGGUAGCAGUCUCCUGCCUGACUGAGAAAGCAGUAGAUGUUCUAAUCCAGUUUGGCACCACAUACCUAUGCAAGUCAGGGUUCUCAAGUACAGAAAUGCUGAGCAUGACCUCAGUGUUGCACUAUCAAAAACUGAGCCCAGAAUAGACCUGCUUGUUGAAAACUUCAACCAGCCACACACCUCUCAUUAGGAUUGUGUGUUUUCUGGUCUACAUCUGUGUGAUGUGAUCAAUCCAGUUCAGUUCAGAAUAAAAAAUAUGUAUUUUAACAGCAACAGUUCCAACCUAGACUUUCUAUCAACAAUAAUUUAUACAGUAAGAUGUACAGUAGGCCAGAAUUUCUCCAUCUGUGCUGUUACUUAGGGAUGCACGAUCAAAAAGCCUGUGUGUGUGUGUUCUGUUAUACAUCUAUGGGAUGUGAUCAAUCUGUUUAUUCCAGUUCAGAAGGAAAUUAUUUAUUGUAUUUUAACAGCAACAGUUUCAACCUAGAUGGGUACAUACGUGUUUUUAAUGGGGGAAAAUAAACAUGAAAAUAUAUUUGUUUUUGUCUAUAUUGCAUUUUUUAGGCAAAUAGGAAAAAAUGCAGCUAUACAUAACUAAGCUUGGGUCACAGGAAAACACAGAAUUUCUAAUUUGGGUCCCAGGCUAACAAAGUUUAAAAACCCUUGAAUUACAGUGAUCUGUCUGAGCCCGAAAAUGCGUCAUCACAUUCCCUAAUCUGAUUGGUCGAAUAGGCGAGCCUUCUGAUUUUGUGGCUACUCCUGAUAGCCCCGCAGAGGAGAGAGGCAGUGAAGUGUGAUCUCUGAGCUAAUAAUGGUGCGUUCAAAAUAACUGGGAUCUCGAAAAAAAAUACGAGGAUAUAUCAUGACAUCUGUGAUCUUCAGGUCGGAAAGUGGGAGCUCUAUGAAGAGGCCCGAGUCCACAUGUGAAUUUAGAGUUGGAUUACCGUUCAAAAUAUGUUUUCCAGUCGGAGUUCGUUUUUUUCCUAGUUCAAGUUGUCUUGGAACAAACUUAUGUUGGAAGUAGGACACUACCGAGUUGAUUUGAACGCGGCAUAAGAACGGCGUCGCUGUAUCUCUCUAAUGUCAUCUCUUUGGGGCAAGCUAUGGACACUGAAAAGAGCUCCAAUAUGGUGAAGGAGUUUGAGAGUGUGGAGCUGGGAGACAUGCGGAUGAAAAAGCAGAAGGUGCCCCGUAGAACGAUUUACUUUGCCAGUGGCGAGACCAUGGAGGAAUACAGCACAGAUGAAGAUGGGGAAGUGCAAGUUUCUAUCUCUGUUAAGACCUCAGCUGACCCGUCCAAGUUAAAUUGGGGUCCAUACUUUUGGUUUUACAUGUGGAGAGUGGCAACCUCCACUAUUUCAGUUUGUGACUAUCUUGGGGAGAGAAUGGCCUCAUUGUUCGGAAUUACCUCACCCAAGUACCAGUAUGCUAUUGACGAGUACUACAGAAUGAAAAAGGAGGAGGAUGAGGAGGAGGAGGAGAACCGGCUGUCUGAGGAGGCAGAACGUCAUUUUGAAGAAGAGCACAACCAGGAGAUCCAGCAGCCAGCCAUGGAGCAGCCGGAGGGCAAAGCCUCCUUUGUCAACGUCAGCUUCGAGCUGGAUCAAGAUCCCACACCUGAUGCCAACCGAUGUCCUGCCCCCAUCCCCACCUAACAGUUCAAUUAAAUAGGUGUUUCCAUUUUUCUCAUUUCACGAUGUAGCCUCCUCAGCCUUUUUUUUGUUGCUAUAGCAUAAAUUCUUAUUUUUAUCAUAUUGAUUUGAUGUAUCCUCAACAUUUUUUUCCUAUAGUGUAGUUUUCUUAUCUUUGCCUAAAUGAUCAUGUUCUAUGUAAGUCACAGAUUUAAAAAAUAAUAAUAUAUAUUUUUUUUUAGUUGCUGCGUUGUAAAUAUGCAUUAACUUUUGUGUGCAAUGAACAUUGCUGUGCUGAUGAUAUCUGAUGCUGGUUAGCUAUUUCCAGGUUUAAGAAAUGUCUUUGAUUUAUUUUUUCAGGUACAUAAUAACCUUGUUAUACAGUAAGUUAUUUUCAGCAAGAUAAGUUACCUUUUUCUAAAACCAUUCCAGAUGUGCACAAUGUUAUGGAAUAGUACAGAUUUAUUUGAAUGGAAAAUUAUUUAUAUUCAUGGCCAACCAUGAAAAUCUAUUUAUUUCAGAAUGCCCACAAACAUGUUACUGUUAGAAUAUGUCCCCAGGCCUUUAAUGUAAUAACUUCACACGUUGCUCAUUGGCAUCUGUGCAAAGACUUUAGACAUUACUGUUGUCCAGGGCUAUAUAUUUAGAAAUACAGUGAGCUCCAAAGGUAUUGGGACAGUGACCAUUUGUUGUUUUGGCUCUACUCCAGCACUUUGAAUUGUAAAUGAUACAGUGAAACACACACAAAACAGCAAAUGACUCCAACGAGUUUGUAGAGUCAUACGCUUGAUGUAAUCAUUGUGUGCUAAGAAUAUGGGACAAAAUAAACUUUUGACAACUUGGAUACACAUGUGAAUUUGUCACAAUACUUUUGGGCCCCUAAAAUGGGGGGGGGGGGGACCAUCUACAAAAAGUGCUGUCAUUUCUAAACUGGUCAUAUGGAUGAAAAUACCUUCAAAUUAAAGCUGACAGCCUGCAUCAAAAGUGCUGGAGUACAUAGCCAAAACAAAAACGUGUCACUGUCCCAAUACUUUUGGAGCUCACCAUCUCUGCUAGAGCUGACCUUAUCUGCUAUUGUCCCUUCUCAGUGUACAGGGCUUGAGAGGGAUGCCUAAGGUAAAGCCAAACAUGUUAAAAUUGGCUACUCUCUUUUGGAACGCAGUAUUGUCAAGAUAACUACUUUUUACCGUGUGUAAAAUUGCCCAAAGAGUUUGAAAUGCCAAGAGACACUUUAUUAACUCUACUAUGUACACACAAGGAAAGAAAAUCUUAAGAGUCCAACAUACUGAAAAACAAAUGUUCAAAUUUAUUAAUGGAAACCGGUUUCAUUUGAAAACUUUUUAUAAUAAUUUGAGUAAAAUAUAGUAUUUUCUUUUUCUAUAUGAACUGUACAUUAAACAUUUAACUGUC